UCAAAAUUUAUUUAACAUAUAUGGAUCAAAUAACAGUAUAUUGCAAGGACCAACGACAAAUCAAUUUCUCGAAAUUCGUAUUAUGUGAACAUAGCGAUAAAAUAAGAAUGAUGUUACGUCGUUAUUCAAAUAUAUCAUCUGUCUCUCUUUACUUACCAUACUCGUCGGAUGUUUUGAAACAAAUCAAGGAAUAUCUGGAAGAAGGACGAGAAACCAUAAAAUCAAUGGCCAAUGCAACGGACAUAUUCUGCAUAUGCAAACGAUUAGGCCUAGGAAAUUUAAAUCAAGCAUGUCGAGAUUUCAUGACCGAUCCGUCAAGAAUUAAAAACUUGUGUUAUGUAUAUGACUUAGCAUGCCAACAGAUCGAUGGGAGAUUAGAAUAUUUAUGCUGGAAUAUAUUUAAUUCGAAAUGGCAGGAAAUUUUCUCAUCGGACGAAUGGCUGAACUGUGAAGCAACAACUAUGGAUAGACUCGUUCGCAGGCCAAUAAAUCGAUUUAUUGAGGAAGCAGAUAUUUUCUCAAUAGUUUUAAAAUGGGCCAAGAAAAGAAUUAAUAAUGAAAAUUCUCUAAGGCAGGUGCUGAAACCAUUCCUUCAAUACAUAAGAUUUCUGACAAUGCCAGAAUGGUUUCUGGAAUCUCAAGUAUUCGUUGAACCUGUCUUAACGGACGUAGAGAGCUAAAACGGUUCGUGAAUAAUAUGUUCCGGCUCGAAACGAAACACGUGCGCUUCAACCGGUAUGUAUUGUUCGUACUUGCUUCUGUCGACUUCGGGCUCUUCCUUUUCGUCGGAGUCGUCCGACGAAAUCUCUAUU